CUUUAAUCUCAAAAUUCAGACUUUUUUUCACAGAAUUCUGACACUCGUGCUUCCUCAAGCUGAGAAACACAUUCCCUGGACGGAGAACUUCAUUCACCGCUCGUGUCUGUGCCGAGUUUAAAAGAAAGAACUUUGACUUGACGCUGAAAUGAAGCUUUCCCUUUAAGGGUCCACUUCGCGCCUCAAGUACGGUGUCCAAGCGUCACGUCACACCUAAUGAUUAAUGACUGAUAACCUUGAAGCAGGAGUUUCCCGGAGGUCCUUGAAGGCAGCACGGGCAAAUAGUGAGACGCUACAUGCCAGAAAGAAAAAAAGAAAGAAAAGAAAAAGAGGGAUGAGAGUUUUAGGUAACGUCCCUUCACCUGCUUUUUCUCCCCCCUCAAUCGUCACAUGAAAAGUGAAAGCAGAGCAGAGCAGUUCCUGUGUCUGGCAGUGAGCUCCACAGCAGGAUACGACGUCAGCGAUGACGGACAGGUCCGCCGAUGAGGACGACACGUCCCAGAAGAGCGACGGGGACGCGGUGCCGACCGGCGGUGGAGUGAAGCGGCAUGCGCUGGGGGCCAUGCAGUCGUUCAGGAGGAGCGUGCUUCGUGCAGCGGAGAAGAGCCCACUGUCACCUUCAGGCAAAGGGUCAAAGGUCACGUGUAAAGCCGAGCCAGGUGGAAGUGAGGCAGCAGCGGCGGCGGCACCUCCUCCCUCGCCCAGUCUGAGCGCUGGAUCUGCGGCAACUUCUCCUCUGAAGAGCGUCGGGGGUUUCUUUCAGAAGAAGCAGGAAGAUGAGAGUUGGCAGAAGAGCCGACCUCUGAAGCGCUCAAAGACAGAUCCCACGAUGUCGAAAUCCAGAAAAUUUCCGUAUAGCCUGAAAAAGGGUUCCAAGAAGGACAAGGACAAGGACAAAUCCAGGACAAAUGUCACUGAAGGUCCAUCAGAGGAGAAGCUGGAGGAGAAGGAGGAGAUGGAGGAUUUGGCAGAGAUUGAUGAGAUGUACACACUGCCAGAAAUACCCCACACACCACUGUCAGUGAUGCAGAUCAGUAAACUGAUAGAGAUGGAGGUUCUGGAGGAGGCCCACCUCAACCUGCUCGCACUGCGGCUGGAGUUCCAGCAGGAGCUGCAGCACUGUGGCCAAGACUCGCCCAUGGAUCUCGUCAAGAAGGAGAAAGACCUCAAUCUCCUCUACAGAGACCUGAGGAACAAGAUCACCACCAUCGUGCGCGACUCCAACUCUUUCCCCUGCAGGAACAAGGGGCUGCUGGUCCUCGUGGCCCGCAUCAUCCAGGAGGAGGAGAAGAGAGCGGAGGAAGCCGGGGGUUUAGCAGGGAGCUGGAUGGAGGCCUGGAGGGACGCGGUGGACGAGGGCGUGCGGGCCAAAGUGGAGAGUGUUCACCUGGAGCAGAGGGAGCAGAACGCCGCCUGGCUGAGCGUCCACCUGGGUCUGCUGGGUAAAGCCAUCGUGGACGACCUGGCGAGCGUGAAGACGGAGCUGAGGUGGUCGUACCCGCCCAGCUUCAGGGUCUUCAGCACCUACGUGAGGGGUUACCACAGGGUGGUCGCGCAGCAUCUGAGGAAGCUGGAGCAGCAGGUGACGGAGCUCAAGGACCUGUUCGCUCUGCUGGACUGGAUCGUCAACAGAUACAAGAGUGAGAGGAUCAUGGCAAAUGUGUCCCUGCAGCCCGAGAUGAGGGAGGAGAGCAGUGACCUGCAGCUGGACGAGCACUUCCUCGAACAGCUGAGGGACAAAUACUGCAACAGAGUCAAGGUGGACGUGAGGUUUUCCCUCGACAGAGUCAUUGAACUCGAGAACGAAGUGGUUUGGACGAAACAAAAGAUGUGGGAACAGGACGGAGACGACGACGUCCUGGACGCUCCGUUUCACAGGGACAUCUUUACGAGAGUGGAUGGAAUCGUUAAAAACGCUCCACAGAUUGAUGCUCAGCUGGAAAAGAGAGUAAUCACUUCCUGUCUCGAGGAACUGAAGCUGUUCCCUAAAAGGUUUGAGUCUGAGUUCAUGCGUCAGUGCAGUUCCCUCAGACCUCGGCCUCCGUGGACAAACUAUCACAUCACCUACAUCAACGGCUUCACUGCUUUACAGCAGCACCUGGAGGGAUAUGCACGUGUCUGUCCUGGCGAGAUGGAAAACUUCAGGAAAGAGGUGAAGUGGCUGAUCGCAAGGCUCACGCAGCGACUGGAGGACCAGUUCAAAGAGGACGUGAAGCCGUUUCUGAGGAGAAUGAUGACGAGGAAGUGGCUCACUAAUAGCGACGACUUCGAUCAGCUCUACGAGCGCACAGAGGCUCUCGGCGAACACUGCGCCCUCAUGAGGCCUCAACACGUCCAGGCAUUUGCCAGUCACUUGCACUACCACGUACUGAGGGAAUACAUUGGUCAGCUGAUGAAGAAUAACUACUCCUGCAAGAACCGGAAACACGAGAAGGCGGCGGCCAAGAUCCGACAACAGUGGGAGAACCUCGUUGACGUGUUCAGGGAGAGAAAACAUGGAAAUUCUCUGAAGACGUUAAGUCACGAGUGGAUGUACCCGGUCGGAGACGACCUGUGCAACAUCAUCGGACAGAAAAAGAAGGCGGACAUAAAGGAGCAUCUGGAGCCGAUGGUGAAGCGUUACCCUGACUUCAGCAAGAAGCACCUGGUUGCCGUUCUGAACUUCCGGGGUCUCCUGCGAGGUCGCGAGCGCCAGCUCAUCCUGCGCAGAUUCACCGAGCUGAAGAACAACAACGUGGGCGGAGCCGGCGCCGCCUACAGAGACCAGUCGUUGUUUGGCGACAUGCAGGUCAGCGUGAACACAGACUGUCUGUCCAGCCUGCCUCUGUCCUGCCUCGGCUUCCUGCUGCCCGACAGCUGAUCCGACGAGGACGAGGAGACGGACAUGUUUGCGUCUUCUCUGCUGCUUUUACACAAGGUUCUCAAAGUCCACAUGCACUGUACAUUUUGCACAUAAUUAAUGUUUGGUUUUUUUUUAUCCACAAAAUGUAGAAAGAUGGGGGCGGGGCAUAGUGCGUUUUAUGAAUCACCAUAGCAGCCUAAAGCAGCCUGUUAUUGGUUUUCCAUAAAGAAGUUCAAAUUUCACAUUAAAAUAAAAUGUAUUACCUCUGUAAAGGAAGUCUGUCCGUCUGUUAGCAACUUCCUGUCGACAGAACCUAAAUUAGAGUCUAAUUUAACGUUUAAAAUCUAAAUCCUUCCCAUUAACAAACUCAUAGCUCUCUUCCGUCGACAUCCGUCUGAUUCAUACAUGAAUCAAACAGUGUUGUGAUGUUUUCUUCUUCCUCUGCAGCAGUUUAAUCAUGAACGGCAGGAAAAAUCAGCUACAAAUAUUUAUCUUUAAGGAUAAACACAGAUUUUAGAAACGCAUUAAUAGUAACUGUGAAGACAGAACAUGAACAUGACUUCCACUCGUUGGUCAAAAGGAGAAGCUUAGCCUUGAACACACUCUAAAGUCCACUCAGAACAUGUUUCUUCAAACAGAAACACUGAACAAUCUUCAACAGUGGAGAAGAAGCAGAGCCUUCCACCAGAUUCCUGCUCUGAAGGAAACAUCUCGUCUCUUCAUCAUGGACAGCGAGACCAAACUCUUUAGAAACACAUUUCUCUAGUGAACAACUGAAGAAAUGAUCCCUGAAAUCUCAUAUCUACAGACGAGGAUCUUCAGUCCUGGUGUGAAUCAGAAGAUCACUCAACUCCUACAAUCAAAUGUCAUAAUCUGGGCAUUUAAAGAGAAAACUUUACAUUCAUUAAAGUGUGAUUUGCAAAAUGUUCCUCAAGGACUAUAAUGAAAACUAAAACUGAGCUUUUACAUAUUAGGACUGAGUCACUUUAAUUUGUGGUGAGUUUAGACAGAACAAAAACACUCAAGUUUCCAGCUGUAAAAGUGAAAGUGUAAAACCAACAGCAGCUUAUGGUAAAGUCUCUCAAACUAAAUCAAAACAGAUGUGGUGUGUGAUCCUUCCUGUUCUCUCUCACGUUCCACUCCCACUGAUGCAGGUAUAGAAGAAGAAGAAACAGCAGAUGAUUAAAGUUCCAAAUUUAAGACAAAUUAUUCUCAUUUGGCAGAAGAUUAAAUCAAAUAUACUUAGUUUUUUUACAAGUGUACAAUCUCAGGGUCAGCUCUACAGAGGCAGCCAUUUUGGACCACAAUAUGUGCGUUUACAUAAGGAUUAAAAUAAAUUGGCUUGGGCUACCAGAGCAGAAUGAGCCAGACUGUACAAAGACAAACAGCCACAGACCGAUCGUGUCUGUUGCUGUGUGUCUCGCUGACACGGCCAUCGAGGCACAGCUCACACCACGACUAACAAGAACACAACCAACAACAACAACAACAACAUGUUUCUCUCACAACGCUCCACACAAAACAUCAUGUUAAUCAUGUCUCACUGCAGCCUGAUGAUGCUCUCAUCUCAUUUCUCCUGCUGAUGUAGACACAGAAA